CAAGAAAGUAUGCAAGCAAUACUUUUGGUUAAGUAGAGUAAAGUAAAGAAAAGAAUUUCUAAGUUAAGUCACGGUGUUUAAGGCAGUGUAUUUACCAUCUUAUAGAUCAUUUAGAAUGGUAUCUACAUUUGUUAAGCAAACUUCAUUUGAAGUUGAUUAUGCUCCAUCGAAUAUUACUAAAUGGAAAUCUCAAAGAUCAGGUUUACAAAUAACUUAUAUAAAUCAACCUUCACCAAUUGUUAAUGGAUAUUUUGCUGUUGCAACUGAAAUUGAGGAUAAUUCAGGAAGUCCUCAUACUUUAGAACAUUUAGUAUUUAUGGGUUCAAAAAAAUAUCCUUAUAAAGGUUUAUUAGAUAAUUUAGGUAAUAGAUUAUAUUCUUCAACUAAUGCUUGGACUUCAGUUGAUCAAACUGUAUAUACUUUAACAACUGCUGGUUGGGAUGGUUUUAAAGCUUUAUUACCUGUUUAUUUAGAUCAUUUAUUAUUUCCAACAUUAACUGAUGAAGCAUGUCUUACUGAAGUUUAUCAUAUUGAUGGAGAAGGAAAGGAAAAAGGGGUUGUAUUUAGUGAAAUGCAAGGAAUUGAAAAUCAAUCUUGGUUUAUUUCUUACUUAACGAUGCAACAAUUACUUUAUUCACCUAAAUCAGGUUAUUCUUCAGAAACUGGAGGUUUAACUUCUGAAUUAAGAAGUUUAACUAAUGAAAAGAUUAAACAAUUUCAUUCUUUAAUGUAUAGACCAUCUAAUUUAUGUGUAAUAAUUACUGGUUCAGUAGAUGAAGAAGAAUUAUUAAAAAUUAUGAAUGAAUUUGAUUCUGAAUUACCAACUAUUGCUGAACAACCUCAAACUAGACCAUUUAUUGAUUCACCUCAUGAUCCUCCUUUAGAAAAUAUUCAUGUUACUGAAGUAAAAUUUCCUGAUAAUGAUGAAUCAAUGGGAGAAUUAUUAAUAUCUUGGAUAGGUCCAGUUGCUGAUGAUUUAGUUGCAAAUAUGGGUCUUGAUAUGGUUGGAGCUUAUUUAACCAAUAGUCCUAUUUCUUUAUUAAAUAAACAUUUGGUUGAAAUUGAAAAUCCUUUAGCUACCGAUAUUGAUUAUACUACUGAUGAUUAUUUACGUACAACUAUUAAUUUUACAGUUAGUGGAGUACCAACUGAUAAACUCCAUGUUGUAGAUGAAAAGAUUAAACAAUUAAUCUUAGAUCAAACUAAUCCUGAUAAUGUUGAUGUUCAAUAUUUAAGACAAGUUAUUAAUCAACAACGAUUAAAAUAUAUUUCAAGUACAGAAAAAUCUGCUUCAAGAUUUUCAAAUAUUGCCAUUCUUGAUUUCAUUUAUGGAAAUCCGGAUGGAUCUGAUUUAAGUAAAUGGAGUAAAGAUUUACAUGAAUAUGAUAUUUUAUUGGAAUGGACUGCUGAUCAAUGGGCAGAAUUUAUAAAGAAACAAUUAGUUAAUAAUAAAUCUGCUACAGUCAUAGGUGUACCAUCUUCUGAAUUAAAUAAAUCUCUUAAGAAAGAAAAGAAAUCCCUUUCAAAAUCAAUUAAAGAUAAAUAUGGUAAAGAUGGUUUAUUAGAAUUAGGAGAAAAAUUAAAAAGAGCACAAGAAAAGAAUGAUACUCCAAUUCCUGAUAGUCUUUUAACUCAUUUUGAAAAACCUGAUCCUUCAAAAAUUGCAUUUAUUGAUACAAAUUCUUAUAAAGCUGGAUAUUUUGAAAAUAUUCUCCCUCCAAAGGCUAAUAAUUAUGUUUCAAAUGAUACUAUUAGUAAAUUAAUUGAACAAGAUUUACCAAGUAAUGAUUUCCCAUUAUUUAUUCAUUUUGAAGAUUUUAAAUCUAAAUUUACUACUAUUAAUUUAGUCCAUGCUGCUUCAAGAGUUGAAAGUCGUCUUUUAAGUUAUUUAUCAAUUAUUGAAGAACUUUUUUCAUUAUCAAUUCAAUUACCAAAUGGAAAAUAUAUUCCUUAUGAUCAAGUUGUAUCUGAAUUAAAUGAUGAUUUAAUUGAAUUUAAUUUAGAUAAUGGAUUUGAAAAUCAAUUUUUAGAAUUAAUUAGUGUUAAAGUUAAAUUUGAAACAACUAAAUAUGUUAAAGCAAUUGAUUGGCUCUUGAAUGUAUCUAAAUUUUCUAAAUUUGAAUCAUCAAGAGUUAAAAUUAUAGUUGAAAAAUUAAUUAAUUCUUUACCAGAUAGAAAGAGAAAUGGUGAACUUAUGAUGUAUUCUUCACAAUAUCGAAAUUUAUUUAAUGAACGUUCGGUUAGAAAAAUGCAUGAUGCUAUUCAAUCAGAACAAUUUUAUCGAGACGUUUUAAAUAAAAUUAAUGAAGGUAACUUUGAAAUUAUUGAGAAUGAUUUAAAUCAAUUACGUGAUCAAUUAUUUCGAUUAGAUAAUACUAAAGUAUUUGUAAUUGGUAACAUUGAAGAAUUAACAAAACCAGUAUCUUCAUGGACUAAAUUUGUUGAUACAUACAUUGAAGAAGAAUCUAAGAAUGGUGAAUAUAAAUUUAAUCCUGAUUCUUUCUUAGAUUUACCUCAUUCAUAUCAAUAUCAAUCUGAAUUAGGUGAAAAAUGUCAAAAAUAUGUUAAUCUUGUUAUUACUCCUGCUGCAGAUUCAAUUCAUUUAAUUUCUUCAACUCCAAUUCCAACUGAUUAUUUAGCUGAAGAUAUAUUUAAGAUAGCUUUAGCUACUGAAUUUUUAACGGCUGUUGAAGGUCCAUUCUGGAGAGGAAUUAGAGGUACAGGUUUAGCUUAUGGUACAAAUAUUAGAAGAAGUAUAGAAACUGGUUAUUUGACAUUUUGUAUAUAUCGUGGAGCCGACGCCAAACAAGCUUGGACGACGGCAAAAUCCAUUGUUGACAAAUUCACCAGUGGUGAAACUGUGAUUGAUAGUUUAAGUAUAGAAAGUGCAAUUGCUAGCAUUGUUAAUGAAUUGGCAAAUGGUGAAUCCAAUAGUUAUGAUGCUGCUUUCUGUAAAAUAAGUGAUAAUUUAUUUAAGAGAAGAGGUCCUAAUUAUGUUAAACAUUUCCUUUCGAAGUUAAGUGGAUUUGGAAAGGAAGAUAUCAUUUAUGCCUUAAACAAAUACUUUAAACCUCUUUUCAGUUCCGAUUCUUCUGUUGUAUUUGCAAGUGUUCCAUCUGGCAAAGUAGAAGAGUUGAGAAGUUUCUUUACUGAAGAAGGAUAUAUUGUUAAUACUGAAGAAAUCGGAGGUGUCUCCUCAGUUGAUAAUAAUGGAGAAGAAAAAGAACAUGAAGAUGAUGAUGAUGAUGAGGAGGACGAUGAAGGAGAGUAUGACUCUUUAUCUGAAGAGGAAACAGGAAAGACCAGGACCUUACCCUGGCGCCUUAGACCAGCUCGGCCAGAGUACCCAAUUCCUGCGGCGUAA